GGGCUUCUCCCGGUGGCGGGGCUGCUCGCGGCGUUUUGGGGGGCUCCUGGCCGAGGUGAUCCUGACUGUCCCGGGAGAGCGUGUCUGGGGCCGAUAUCCUCGAAACUGCUCGUGCUGAGAGCAGCGGGAGCGAGCACCGGCGUCCGCAUACUUGGUCAGCACUCAGCUCUCCUUUGGCAGGAAAACUAAGAAGGGAAAUGGCUGUGGAUUUGCUGUCUGCCCGAGGCGCAGAGCCUGUGACGUUCAGGGAUGUGGCCGUGUCCUUCAGCCAGGAUGAGUGGUUGCACCUGGAUCCCUCUCAGAGAAGCCUGUACCGUGAGGUGAUGCUGGAGAACUACAGCAACCUGGCCUCUCUGGGGUUCCAGGGUUCAAUCCCUCCUGUGAUUGGCAAGCUGCAGAAAGGUCAAGAUCCCUGCAUGGACAGAGAAGCCCCUGAAGACACAUGCCUAGAUUUCCAGAUUUGGCCAGAAAAAGAAACAUUGCCCCCCAAACAAGAUGUUUUUACUGAAGAAACACCUCGUAGGCUGAUAAAGAAUAGAUCCACUAAGUGUGUUUACUGGAAAAUCAGCUUUGGAGAACUUGUGAAAUCUGAGAGCCUAGAUACAGCACAGGAGCAAGAAAAGAAAGCCCAUGAGCCAGGGGCAGCUUCACCCAAGGAAACCACCAGUGAAGAUGAAACUCCUACAGGCCCCGAGCUGGGGAAACCCUUGUUCAUCAGUAAAGCACUUGGCUCACAAGAGGGUGAUCCCAUAGAAAGGGACCCUGGUAUGUAUCACACUUCAGAGAAAGAUUUACCACAGGAUUUUGAUUUAAUGAGAAGCUUUCAGAUUUACCCAGGACAAAAACCUUAUGUCUGCAGUGAAUGUGGGAAGGGUUUUAGCCAAAGUCUUCAUCUUCUAGAGCACAAGAGGAUUCACACUGGGGAGAAACCUUACAAAUGCAGUGAGUGUGGGAAAAGCUUCAGCCACAGGUCUUCCCUCCUGGCUCACCAGAGAACCCACACUGGAGAGAAGCCGUACAAAUGUAGUGAGUGUGAGAAAGCAUUCGGCAGCAGCUCCACACUCAUCAAACACCUGAGGGUGCACACCGGAGAGAAACCUUACCGCUGCCGGGAAUGCGGGAAGGCCUUCAGCCAGUGUUCAACCCUCACUGUGCACCAGAGGAUUCACACUGGGGAAAAGCUCUAUAAAUGUGCUGAGUGUGACAAGGCCUUCAACUGCAGAGCAAAGCUCCAUAGACAUCAGAGAAUCCACACAGGAGAGAAACCUUAUAAAUGUGCUGAGUGUGGGAAAGGCUACAGUCAGUUUCCAUCCCUAGCUGAACAUCAGAGACUCCAUACUGGAGAACAGCUUUGCCAGUGCUUGCAGUGUGGGAGAACCUUUACACGUGUGUCUACCCUUAUUGAACACCAGAGAAUUCAUACUGGACAGAAACCAUAUCAGUGCAACGAAUGUGGGAAGACCUUCAACCAGUAUUCUUCCUUCAAUGAACAUCGGAAGAUUCAUACUGGAGAGAAACUUUACACAUGUGAAGAAUGUGGCAAAGCCUUUGGCUGUAAAUCAAACCUUUACCGGCAUCAGAGGAUCCAUACUGGAGAAAAACCCUAUCAGUGUAAUCAGUGUGGAAAGGCCUUCAGCCAGUAUUCAUUCCUAACUGAACACGAACGAAUCCAUACUGGAGAGAAGCUCUACAAGUGCAUGGAGUGUGGGAAAGCCUAUAGUUAUAGGUCAAACCUUUGUAGACACAAAAAAGUCCACCUUAAGGAAAGGCUGUAUAAAUGGAAAGAAUAUGGGGCACCUUUUAUCUAUGGCUCGUCCCUUACUCCAUAUCAGAGAUUUCUAAAAGGAGACGAGCCUGAGAACUGUAAUUCAUCCCUCUAAUCCAAGAUAGCAACCAGAAGAGUAGUGAGUAGAGUGCAAAUCAAAAUAGAGUCAACUUUUUUACUUGUACAGCAAAUAGUUGCCACUAAGUCAUGGACAGUGGAUGUACAAAGAAUGCCGACAUCAACCAUUUAAGGACUGUUACAAAACAUGUUAAAAAUUCUUGAAAAAGUAUGAAAGGCCUCACUUAAAAAACAAAAUACAUGAGUAACUUGAGUGUAAGCAUUGUUUCAUGAGAGGGUCAUCUCUUUCUAAGAGCUUCUGUGUUAUAAAUUUUCUUUUCAAGAUAGUCUCUGAUGUAGUUAAUAAUGUGAAGAAUUGUGGGGCCCCAGUCCCUAAAAUGGUGAGCUGUAAUAGAGAACAGUCCUUUUCAUAAAGAGCCACUACAGAGGAAAAGAAUACUUUGACUUGUUGUGUGUUAACAAUAAAGCUCUUUAUGAAUUGCCCCUUACACAACAUACAUGUAUGUAUGUAUGUAUGCAUCUAUAUUCAUAUAUACACAUAGAAGACUUUUAUGUAUAUAUGGCCGUGUCACUUAACAAUGGGGAUACAGUUAGAAAAGGCUUCAUUAGGCACUUUCAUGUUUAUAGGAACAUCAUUGUAUUUGCACAGCCCUAGAUGGUCUGGGUCAACCAAUCUAUGUGAUCUCUUGAUCAACAUACAAUAACUUAAAAAAAAUUUGAGGUUAUAAUUUAAUUACAACAUUUCUCCCUUCCCUUUCUCCAAACCCUCCUACACACUCUUCCCCACUCUCCUUCAAAUCCAUGGCCUCUUCUUACUAAUUGCUUUGCAUGCAUGUAUCCAUACUUUUAUAGUAAUUGUUUUUAUUGGUUUGCUUUGCUUAGUUAUUUUAGAUAGGGUUUCUCUAUGUAGCCUAGGAUGGCCUUCAACUCAUGUAGACCAGUCUGGCUUUGAACUUGCAGUCUUCCUGCUUUGCCCUCCCACGUACUGGGAUUAGAGACAUGAACCGUCAUGCUUGGUGUAAAUUUUAUUAGUAGAAUAUGUAUACUUUAAGGAUAAAAGUAUAGUAUAGCAAAUGAGUAAACUGGUAAUGUAGUUUGUCACCAUCACUAUGUGUCAUAUACUGUAUAUAAUUGUGUGUGCUCUGAUGUCGUCUGGCUGCCAGCACAGAGGGUUUGUUUGCACAAAUGAGCAAUGCAUUGUGCCUAAGGUGUUAUAAUAGUUAUAAAGUCAUGACAGCUCUGAUGUAAUUGGACAAAUAGGAAUUUUCCAGACCAGUUACAGUCUGAUGAGACCACUGUGAUGUUGUCUGUCAUUGGCCAAAAUGUCAUCGUAGGUAACUGGCUGUAUGCACACACUCACAUAUACGUAUGCAUAUGUGUGUGCCAAUGUGUAUACAUAUACAUACAAAGGGUUUAGGACUUUUUUUUCCUCUAUAGUCCUUAAUGAUUAAAAAGACUCAAUUUACUAAUUUAGAAUUUACUGUUUCAAAUUAAGAUUUUUUUUUCCCCCGGGGAGACUUCUGUCUAACUCUCCUGUAUCUGUAGUGGGUCUGGUUCUGGAACUAGCUGAAUAGAGUCUUACAGUACUGUAGACGUUGGCCUGAGCAGACAGAGGUGGGCAGACUGUCAUCCGAACAGUAUAUAGGUAUUGUAGAAGGCUAGUGUUGACAGUCUCCUGCUGUGAACCUGUUAGCACUUUAGGAUCAGAGAGAUUUUUAAUUUAUAACCUUUUAAGAAUCGAGGUCUUUAGCUCUGAUAAUCUAUGAUAGUUGCAGGUUUAUUUCUAUCCUCAAGGGACAAGAAUUUGUUGUGUUACUUGUUCGAAUAUUUUUGCUAGUAAUAUAAUCAGUUAUCUUUAGUUUCCCCUAGCUUUGGUCUUAGUUGUAGAGUUGAGAACAUGCCCCCCUUUCUUCUAUCUCUGAUUCUAUAUGUGCUUCUAUAAUAACUACUUAAAUUCUCAAAGUCAACGAAGGUCCAGUUGGAGAUAUUGCUUUGGUAUGUUUCCAUGUAUGACUGCCUUUUUAUUACAAAUUUUAAUACUUUUUUUCCUUGUAGUGCUGACGACUGAAUCCAGGGCCUUGUACGUGCUCAGGAGGUGCUCUACCACUGGGCUGUAUCUGCAGCCUUUAGGAUUUAAGUAUAAAGUUACAGAUGAAUAUUUUAUAUUAAACAAUCUACUCAUUACCUUAACAUUUUAUAUCUCCCCUAGACCUAGUUCCUUUAUUCUUUGACUUACCCCAUUGGUUUGUCAUUUUAGAAAUUACUCUAGGAGCAUUAAUUAGACCCUGCCAUCUGAGCAAAAUAUUAGAAUUAAGCAGGCAUUUAACUGACUUCUUUUGGCUCAUCAGUACCUGUAUGUGUUUAAAUGUAUUUGCAAGAAAAAUAAAACUUCAAGGGAACCUCUGAAUGUCUUCUUGUACCUAGUGAGCAUGCUCAGUGCUCAGUGCCCCCCCCUUUUUUUUUUUUUUUUUUUUUUUUUUUUUUGGUUUACAAAUGCCGUUUGCCUCCAAAAGGAUUCAGGACAUUGAAGAAAUGAACAAUGGCAUGUUUGGAGUAGGAGGGGAAUAUAAGUGGACCUAGAGGAUAUUUUUAUGAUACAACAUCAUUUUAGGGUUAUUGUUAUGAGUAGACACAGGGUCUAACUUGAAGGUACAUCCUUUGAUCAAACUUAAGACAUGUCAAACAUCAAAAUACUCAUUACAAAGUUGGAUAUAAUAUUUUCUAAAGGUUAUGGGGGAAAGCUUUUUAUAACAUUUGAAGAAAAGCAUCUUUUUAAAAUAUAUACAAAGCAAUAAACAAAAGCUAUUUAACAAGUGUCAUUGUCAUUAAAUCUAGCAAAAAGUUGAUUGAUGGUAAAACCUACUACAUGGAAGACAAUUAAGGAACAUUGCAUAAAUCCAGAAGAGCACAGGUAAAGAAGCACCUGCUCUCAUCCUGAGAUCUGGCAGGCAGAGUUCCCUUCGUGAACAGCAGCCAGCGUGGCUACUCCUGAGGCCAUAGAAGCACGUGUUGUUAUUUAUGAUAACAAAACCAGUUAGUGAACGUCUAUGGAAAUCUCUUCUCUAGACUUACCUUCCUGCUUACAAAGAAUUGAGAGUAACAUGUUACAUGUUAGGUUAUACAGUAAUAGACACAUCUAGAGUUUGAGACAUUGGAAAUGGUCAUUAAGUUGUACUUUUAAAAUAGCCAAUAUGAUAGAACAAAAAGAUGCCUGAGACAGCCACAUGCAAAGUGUGAUCUUUUAUUGAGAAAUAAAGUCAGAACAAAACAAAACACGGUAAGACAUUUGAGGGAUAUUUAGUGAAAUACAAAGGCGAAAAUAGAUGUUAGAUAAUGUGGUAUGCUUACUUUUCUUAGACUAGGUAAAGCAUUGAGUUUAUAUUUUCCUAUCCUAUGCAUGCAAAAGUUUUAAGUUGACAAGCCGUAAUGUCUGCAGCAUAUUUUAAAUUGAAACUCAGAAUUGAUCAGUGAUUGUUGAAUUGUUGUGAUCACCCUUUAAACUUGUCUGUACCUAUGUUUAAAUGUAAUAAAAAUUGAGGCAAAAAUGAUUUAUAAAGUGAUGAACGUGAGCUUUCUGUUCAAGGCUUAGAGCAACUGGGUUGAGAGUUCAUCCUCUAUGGGUAUAUUUAUAAUCAGUAGAAAUGGUGGAUUGGCUCCCUUUGAAAUAGAGCCUUCAAUCCCAUUGAAUGCAACUAAUACUCAAGCCAGCUGUUUGGAUACCCUGAAAAAUAAUGACAGCAGAUUAGAGAAGGAAACUCAUUUGAAACAAAACAGUGGGCACUUUGGGCAUUUCCAUGGAGUAUGGUGGUGUCUGAACAGGCCAGUCACAUCUUUAAGUACUGACUCUUCCCUCUGACCAGAACCAUGAGCCUACAGUGGUCAGCAAGGUCUUUAUUUUUCAAUGUUUCUCUCUAAAGGUAGAUGUAUUCCCAUGGCAUGAGGCAGAGAGAAGAACCUAAAGCCUUGGGUUUAUAAUCAAAAGAUCAGGAGGAGACUCUUGGGAUAGUGUAUCAGAAAAUAAAAGAAAAAGAAGUGAUCUGUAGAUUUGCACAUACAAUCCUGGUGAUCAUGGUCCAUGCAUACAUAGAUCUUGCCCUAGCUAGUACUCUGUUCAUAUUCGCAUUUACCAGAGGUACAGAACCAACAAAAUUCAGUCUGUAUUUAAACAGAACUCAUUAGAUUGGCUUACAUGAUAGAAUUGGAGUAGUCCAGCAAUAGCUGUCUCAUUCCAGAGAGAGUGAGAACCCAAUCUAAUACCAAAGACCUGGGGGAUUCCUGGACAGCCACUGGUAUUUGGUCCUCUUUGGAGAAUCCCACAUGCAUCCAACCAAGCUGACCUAGUCUUGCACGUAAAGCAGCAAACACGAUGUCCCAAACAAGAUGGAAGGUGAGGACUGGCCCCUGAGGUUGUCCUCUGACCUCCAUAUGCAGGCUAUGGCUUGCAAGCAUACAUGUGCUCCCCCACCCCCACCUCCUCUCUCAGAAAAAGCAAACCCACUCUGAUUUCUCUUGAGACUUCUUUGACCCAAACACAAUUUAGAAAUGCAUUACCCAAAGGACUGAUGACAUUCCCAGCUGAUUUCUAAUUUACUUCAGUUUUUGGUCUUAUAGUUUGUAUUGCGUCUAUUCAUUAUUUGCUGAGAUGUGUUUUGAGGUUCAGAAUGCUGCUUUUUGUGGUAAAUAUUUUAUCGUUAGUUUAAGAAGAUAUAUUCAUAUAUAUUCAUAUAUUCUCUCUCUCCCAUCUCUUGUUUGAGUUUUACAUCUCUGUUGUCUUUGGACUCUGAUAAUCUUCCUGUAAAAGCUCAGACUUCUAGUUGCUGAGUCCUGGACUCUGACUUCAGAAGCCUUUCUUACCUUCCUCUCCCAUGCACACGCGAGCCAGGCCUGACCCUGCUUACCUUCCAAGAUCAGAUGAGAUUGGACACAUUCAGGAUAGCCACAGACUAUCCUCUUUUCCCUAUCACUGCAGAAGAGACUGGAAAGAGCUGGAACUGUCUAAUGAGCAUAUCCUAGUUAAAAACUUUCCAGUAACACCUUGCUCUUGAACACAAGCCUUUGUGAGUCCAAGCUGGGACACAUUUCAACCUUUCCCCUCCAAUGCCAACCUGUUCCUUCCCUGCCAGUAGUACAAGGAGAUUUCUGUUUUCUCUGUGUCUUAGUUUCUCUUCCUGUAACAGCUCAGUGGAGAAAGGGUUUAUUGUUCCAGUUCAGGGUACUGUCCAUCACAACAGGGGAGUCAGGGUGGCAGGAGCUUGAAGCAGCUGUUCACAUCAAAUCCACAUCCAGGAAGCAGAAGGCAAUGAAUGCUCAUGCUCUGCCCACUUACUCCUUGCCAUACAGUUCAGGAUCCCAGCCCAAGUAAUACUCAGGAUGGGUCUUCCCACAGUUAACCCAGUGAACACAAUCCCUAAAGGCACGCUUACAGGCUAAAUAAUCUCCCACAGGUCUGCCUGGAGAAAUGGGCAGUGGGAGUCAGGGGGGAACAUAGCUAAAAGGAAGACAAGAAAGAAGAGAAAAAAGAAUGGGUACACAAGAAGGUAUGGCCUUGGUGCCAAUAAGGACAUUGAUGGGAAACUGUUAGACUGACCUGGGUGUCACACUCCUAUAACCCCAACACUUGUAGAAGCAGGUGGAUUUCUGUCCAGUUUGACAUAGUGAGCUCUGGACUAUUAAAAAAAAACAAGGGCUGAAAAGAUGGCUUAAUGGCUAAGAGUGCUUGCUGCUUUUCCAGAGGACCAGAAUUUGGUUCCCGGUGCCCAAAACCAGGAGGUUCACAACCACCUGUACUUCUAGGUCCAGGGUAUCUGAUGCCUUCUGACUUCUGCGAGCAGCUUCGCACAUGUGUCAUUCACACACAUACAUAA